GAGAGUGAUAGUUAAAGGAAGUUUUGCUACAACAAGAAUAAAACACGAACGCCUACAAAAUAAACAUUGACAGACCGUUUUUAUGGAAUUAACACAAAAAUGUUUGCCCAUGGAAUGGGAGGAAUGCUGGAGGAGAGAGAAAGCACACAGAAAAAGGAUGAUCGAGGAAGGGGGGAAGAAAGUUGAAGAAGAAAACCGGAAACUAAAAUGGAUAAUGUCCUACAAUGACAACAGCAUAGGAAUGAAAGAGAGGGAGGUGAAGGAAAACAAGAGAGAUACAAUUGAUGAUCAUGAACUGGUUCAGCAUUAUCAAAGGCACAGUUACCCAGCAGUGAGCUCCCUUAUCCACAAAAAGCUCCAGGAGAAGGCUGGAGAUGAGAAAGUGAUCUCAAUUAGUUUGGGUCCUGAGGUGUAUUGUUUGGGGCUGGCUGCAGUGGUGGAGUUUGCCUACACUGGGAACAUCACCUCUUUGAACAAAGACAACAUGGCACAGAUCCGUACUGCAGCUCUAAGCCUUGGAGUUCCAAGAAUUCUGGAGCUUUUUAAAGAGGAGGAAGAGCAAAAGACAGGCAGAUGUAAUAAGGAAGAAAAACCAAACAAGAUCUCAGCUGAAGACCAGUUGAAUGUCAGCUUGCAAUCCAUAAGAGACCUGUGGGUUGAGAGAGUGGGAUGUGAUAUAGAGCUGGUUGCAGAAGGAAAAGUUUUCCAUGCUCAUAGGGUGCUCUUGGCUGCCAGCUGCGAAUACUUUAAAGGCAUGUUUACCAGUGGAAUGAGAGAGAGCCAGCAGGAAUCCGUGUCUAUGCUGUUAGUCGGGGCUUCCGAGCUCGACACCCUGCUGCACUGUAUAUACAGUGGGUCUCUUGCACUUGGAUGGGGCUGUGUUUUUGAACUCACCUGUACAUCUCUCCAGUUUCAGUUUGAGCCAGCUCUAUCACUCUGCCUUAACUUCCUGCAAAAGGAAAUUGACAUUCACAACUGCCUGGAUGUGGCUUCUUUCGCAGAGGCCUAUGAGAUGUCUGAUUUGAAAGAGCUGGCAGAAGAUUUUGUCUUGAGACACUUCCAAGAAGUAUCUGCCACCCCAAAGUUCCAGGACCUCCCAGCAGAGAAGCUUUUGGAGUUUCUCAGAUGCGAUGCGCUGUCCACUCCAUCAGAGCUUACUGUUUUCCGAGCAGUUGUUGCCUGGGUGGAGGCAGAUCCUGUUGAAAGACUUCCGCAGGCUGAAAGACUCAUGACAGCAGUCCGUUUUCCAUUCAUGACCUUCCGAGAAUUUAGAGAAGUCCGUGCUGUAAAUCUGAGCAUGGAAUGCAGUGGAGAAGGUGAGGUUGACCUCUACAGAUCAGCACUUAGGGAGUUUGGUUUUGGUGUUUCUGACUCUGUGGCUCAGCAUCGUGUGCGCCACCCUAAAGACGCUCUUGUUUUAGUUGGAGGUGAUCAGCUGCAUCCAGACAUGGGGCAACGACUUCCUAGUAAGCAACUAUGGUUUGCUAACUCUCUGCGGAGUGGAACAGGCCUCAUAAAGGAGAUAGAAUGGAGAAUGCUUGGGGAAAUGCCUGAUCGGGCCAGAUUUAGACAUGGCGUUGGGGUCUUCGGUGGUAAACUUUAUGUUGCUGGAGGCUGCCACUUUUAUGCCAAGGCUGAUACUAUGAAAUCUGCUUACAGGUAUGAUCCUGUCCAUGACAGCUGGGAAAGGCUGGCAGACAUGGUGGAACAGAGGAGUAACUUUACAAUGGUGGUCACUGGAGACAGUCUGUAUGCUAUUGGAGGAGACAAAGACAUCAACACAAACCUUGACAGCGUGGAAAAAUACUCACCAGAAUCAGAUUCCUGGAGCUUUACCAAAGCUUUGGACCAAAGCCAGAGCGGCCAUGCUGCAACAGUCUGGAGAGGAGAAAUUUAUAUUUCAGGAGGCUUCAAUUGCAGGUACCAAUGCCUAGUGUCGAUGUUCCUCUACCACCCAGAAAGAGGAACCACUUACCUCAAAGAAAUGACCCACGAUCGGGCCCAGCACUGCAUGGAGAACUUGAGAAACCAUUUCUUUGUAGCUGGUGGGGUGUGUAACCUCCAUAAUUUCUACACAGACCAGCUUGUCUGCGAGAUGUACAACCCCAUACACGACACCUGGACAGUGUUCACCCCUCUUCCUAUUCCACAUGUCGGAGCAGCCUCUGCUGUUCUGGAGGAGAGGUUGUAUAUUUUGGGCGGUUACUGCCAGGAGGACUACAGAGAGUCCAAGCAUGUUCAUCGCUAUGAUUCUGUCACUCAGAGAUGGGAGUGCAUGGGCAAGAUGCCCGGCCCUGUCACAGACAUACGGGCAUGCCUCCUACACCUGCCUGACCAUUUCAGAAUAUGAGACUAAAGUUAACAGAUGUUUCUGUGCCUUAUUUUAUGAUUGUAUAUGCUAAUA